AUGGUUAUGGAGGCGCCGGUGGUUACGGGGGUGGUGGAUAUGGCGGGGGUGGUUACGGUGGUGGGUAUGGUGGUUAUGGGGGUGGUGGAGGUGGAUAUGGAGGAGGAUAUGGAGGUGGUGGAGGUGGCUAUGGAGGGGGAUAUGGUGGAGGAGGGAGUUAAUGUCCCUAAGCCCUGUCCUACUUUUGAGCACACAUCUUUCCCUUCUUAUCUUCUUGACGCCAUUUCUGCUGCUGGCUUCCAAAAGCCAACACCAAUUCAGCUACAAGGAUGGCCAAUUGCCCUAUCUGGUCGUGACAUGAUCGGUAUUGCAGAGACAGGAUCAGGAAAGACGUUGGCUUUCUUGUUGCCGGGCAUCGUACACAUCAACGCACAACCCUACUUGCGUUCUGGUGAUGGCCCAAUUGCUCUUAUUUUAGCCCCUACAAGGGAACUGGUAGAACAAAUCAGGGCACAAUGCCGUCUAUUUGCUUCUCCUUCUAAGAUCAACCAUGCAGGUAUAUAA